AUGAAGCUCAAAAGCCUGCUUCUUGCGACUCUCCUCUCUCUUACUUCAGCAACCCCCGUUAUUCCCGUUGUCAGGUCCCUUGCCCCUUCCAAAGUUGUCCCCCGAAAAGGCGGAAUGAAAUUGCCCUAUCCCACGACAUUCUACGACCUGCCUACAGGCGAUCCGAGAAGCGUUCCGCUGCCUACAGGCGACCUGGGAAGCCCACCGCCUCCAUGGCGGCACGAACACGGAGUAGGCGUGUACAAGGACCCUAAUCAAAUUGCUCCGCUGUGGUAUCCCGAGGGCGAAGAGGGUUGGGAUGGGAUAGUAUACCCCGCCGAUGCAGUAGGCAGGAAAAACGAAGAUCCCGCUCCUACCGAAUUCAAGAUUGAACCCAGGACCGAGGUCGCGACACCGGCUCCGGUGGUGGUGCGUAUUGAUACUGGUUUUGAUGAUGCUCUCAGUCGCGUGGGCACAAAGCUGCUGAGCGAAGGAGAGAUGUCGGCUUGUUGGAACGAGUGUAGAAGCUCCAGGCACGAGGCGUGCGAACAAUGCGAUCAAAAGUUGCGGCAGGGAGGACUGACGCCUUCCAAUCAACCGGUUCGAUACGAUCCUUGGGGCUGGGGCCCGAAGCGAGCUCGGGACUCUGUUGAUACGGCUGCAAUGACGAUGGCCUUUGAGAAACUCUGGAAGUGCGCGGUAAAUUGUAUGCGCACCGACGCUAAGCCAUGCACGACCUGCGAUGCGCUCUGGGAAGAGUCCAAUAAAAUAGUAUCGACCCGUGGAUUCAAGGAGGAAAUGAAUUUCUGGGUCUGUGUGCGGGAUUGCUCUCGCGACAGGUUGAUCUCUUGUAUGGAUUGCGAGCCCGCCUGGCGCCAGCAACUGGCAGCGACAAAGCCCAACAACGUGUCCGUUGAACAAGCAGCGGCAUACGCUGAGAUCUGGAACUGUGUGGUACACUGCGGUGAAGACAAGACGCAGAAAAUGUGCACGCCAUGCGACGAACUGUGGAGAAAAUGGGAUGCAGGACUACCGCCUUUUGAACCCGAACAGGCUGGUCUUGCUACUGUUACCGCCAGAGGCGAUGGCCAAUCUCCACCACAGUGGUUUGUGGACGGUUUGCCCCUCCAGGGACAGAUGAUGCUAUAUCCCCGGGUCAAUGCAAGCAUGCCUGCAAAGUCCAGCAAGUCAAUCGAAAAGCGCCUGCUGUACGUGUGGGACCCCGCGACCGGCGUCUUCCAGUGCGGAAAAGAGUGCGCCAAGGGCAAAGAUUACUACAUCUCGUGUCUCCCCUGCCUGUAUCAUAAGGGCAUCCCUAUUGAUGAAAGCCUAGCAGAAGUCGUCAAGACUCGUCCUGAGCAGAGAUCGGACGUUCAAGCCCGGCAAUGA